AUGAGGAGGAACACCUGUGCAGACACAGUCGGCCUGGCGUCAUUCUGUCACGAUGGGGUUUUCGCAGCUUACUGGCGGGGUUCGUUCUCCCGAAAUGCAGACGGACCACUCAGGACAUGGCGUGCAGUACUGCUGGAUUCCUCCUCGUCGCUGCUGUUGUCGCUGCUAAUAACGCAGCUUCCGGUCUUCACGUCUGCGUCUCCGGUGCCUCCGCGGCGGCCCAGCGACAUGGACAAGCUUUCCAACCAGACCAAAAACCUCAUGAAGCUCACCCAGGAACUGCUGAGGGCGCACGCGUUCGACUCUGACGCCGAGCCUCACAGGUUCCGGUCCUUGCCGGAAAUGAGCAACAGGUCAGCGCACGACCUCCACAAUCUUCAGCUGAGGCCCACGCUCUCCCAGCUCCACGCCGACCUGAAGCUGUACGAGCACCACUUCGAGUGGCUCAACAGGGUCUCCAAGAAGCACCACCACCCUGCACUGCCCAAGCUGGUGGAGGUGAUCAAGGAGAUGAAGUCGCUGAUCAACCUGCUGCACCACCAGAUGCUGAGGGUCCAGGCGCCCAAGCUGGCCCCCGUGGCCCCCUCCCUGCCCCCGGAGCUGCCCUACCAGUUCGACGUGCUGCAGUCCAGCCAGGAGCUCCUCCAGCACUUCAAGCUCUUCUGCGACUGGGCGUACCGAGCCUUCAUCAGCCUCAAGCCCAAAGUCGCCGCCGUUCAGUCGUAA